AUGCUCAUCCGAGGGCCAUCGCGCGGCCUGCCCGGCUGCGCGGGUUGCUCCGCGAGGCGAAGCGCCGCCGUGGCGCGCUCAUCGCUGUGGGACGCCGUGCACGGCGGCGGCAGUGGCGAGGGGGAGGGACAGCAGGGGCUGGCGGUGGCGGGGGAAGCGCCGCUGGGGUACAGCGAUGGGGAGGGUGAGGGCUUCGUUCCGCUCAUUGACGAGGCAGAGGCGUUUGGGCCUGAGGCGUUGCUGCUUCUUGGCCUGACGGCUGACGAGAUUGAGAAGGUUCGAGCAGCGCUGGACGAAGCAGAGGCCAGCUUCAUCUCGCUGCUAUCAGCGGACGAGUCAGUGGCGGACGUCACUCUGUGGGACGCCAUGGAGAGGGCCGCCCAGCCCUUCCCCUCCGUGCGUGCGCCCUCUGUAGCCACUGCCCCGCAAUCACAGGCGAGUGACAGCAGCAGCGGGUGGCCCAACAAUGUGGGCGAGCGGGUGUGCAUCGUGUCGGGGCUGUCAGGCAUUGAGAUCAUGGACCUUGUGGAAAUCAUCAGUAGCUUGGACAUUCCCCCCAUGGUGUAUGCCGCAAUGGUGCCCAAGUCAGCAGCCAGGCCAGUGAGGGAGGUGGUGGAGGAUCUGGUAGCAGACCACCGCCUGCUGCACAGCCAGUCGAAAUAA